UGCCACCGUGGUGUGCCCAUGGAGGAUUUUUGAGCUGCUGCCAGUUCUAAUUAUCUUCAUGUUCUGUGAAUUUAAAGUUGUGGCAGCAGUGCCUGAAGAUAUGACAACAAGCUUUGAUCCUAGUGAGCCAUCAUUAGAAUCGCUGAUAUGUGUGGUUGCCAUUGUACUGCUUACCAUUUUCUUAUUUCUUUGGAGAGGAUACCGAUCAAUUCAAAGCCGACUUUAUUUGAGUAAAGAGAAUAGACUGGCUGUGGAACUUGCAAUGGAAAUCAAAAAGAAAUGUGAUCUAAUUGACAAAGUGUGCCUUGCUCAAGAGGAGUAUGAAGGCUUAGAGUCAUCCUUAAAGGAGGACAACUUUGACAAGGCAUCAACAGAAGUACAGAGUUUGAAGUAUAAAAAUCUAGAAAGAGAUAAAUCUAAACUUGAAGAAGAAAUAUUACUUAUAGAGAAGAAACUAGAAGAAGAGAGAGCUAAACAUUAUGAAGAAGAGGAAUUGAUGAGUGACCUUUCAAAAAUGAUGCAGUCUCUAGCAGAUGAAUCACAGUCUGUCAAAUCACAGCUAGCUGAAGCCAAAACCACACUAAGAAUAUUUGAAAUAAAUAAAGAACGACUUAAAGGAGUAAUAACAGAUACCUUGAAUGAAAAUUAUCAACUUCAGGAAAGCAGAAGACAGUAUUUAGAAGAAGCUAAAAUCAUGAAAGAACAAAUGAAUCAACUCAAUAAACAGAAAAUAGCAAUCGAAGUAUCCAACGUACAGGCAGAGCAACUCCUAAAAGUUAAGGAAAAUCAGAUCAAGUCUCUGAUGGAGAGCCUGCUAAGGAUGAAAGACUGGAAUUCUGUGCUUGGGGAAGAUGUAACUGAUGAUGGUAAUCUGGAUGUAGAAGUGAACAAUGACUUAGAGAAUAACUGCACUGUCUAUUUUCCUGAGUGUAAUCAGCCUAAGGGAGCUUUGAGGAAGCUAAUAUAUGCUACUGAGUUAAGUGCUUCGUUAAAAUCCCUAGAAGGAGACAGAAACCAAAUUUAUACUCAGUUAUCUGAAAUAGAUGCAACAAAUGAUGAUCUUACAGAGCAUAUGCAAAGUCUCAAGUCUGAACAAGUGUCUCUGCAGUCAGGUAAUACACUACUUGAAAUCGAGAAACAGAAGCUUCAAAGGAAAAUCACAGUGAUGAGGGAGCUGUACCAAGACAAUGAAAGGAUGCUUCACAGAUGAGAGGUGAAAAUAACAGUGGAGGAAAAAUGUAGAUUGGAGAAAGAGGAAGAACUUUUCAAAGUGAACAAGAGAACCAGCCAUGUGAACAAGGAACUAGAGACCUAUAGACGGCGUGCCAAGGAUAUCGAAGAAGAAUUGGAGAGAACAAUUUGCUCCUAUCAAGGGCAGGUUAUUGCUCAUGAACAAAGGGCACAUGACUAUUGGCUGGAAGCUCAUGCUUUGGAAAUAAACAUCAAUGAAUUAAAGAGAAAAAAUACAGAUCAUGGACGCCCUGCCAUUCCAAAGAAUCCAAGAGGCCAGAAUCCACCACCACCUCCUCCAGAUGCUCGACAGUAUGUCCCAUCAAAGGGAUUUGCAGGCCCAAGGUUUCCUCCAAAGUCAGAUGGGCCAGUACCUUCCACUUUGGAAUCCGGAAAGCGUGCCACCAAACAUGAUACUAGGAAGGAAACGUUGCCCACCACUAGACCUCCUGCAAACAAUGCAGCUGGUCAUGGGUUGACUCCUCUACCUGUUCCCGGGCUUAGAGUCCCUAGAGGCUCUAGAGGUCCCAGAGGCCCUGCCUCUCAAUAUGAUCGAAGAGGCUGGAUCCCACCACCUCCUCCUCCAGGAAACAUCUGUAGAGGUCCUGGACAGUAUGUCCCACAAAAGAAAUUUGCAGGCCCACCGUUUCCUCCAAUGUCAGAUGCACCAGUAACUUCCACAUUGGAAUCUGGUAGGAGUGCCACCAAACGUGACCCUGUGAAGGCACCUUUGCCCAACUCUAGCCCUCCUGAAUGCAAUGCGGUUGGUCAUGACGUGAUUCCUCCACUGGAUCCUUUGGUCAGAAGCCCUAGAGGCCCUGCCUUUCCAGGGAAUCCAAGAGGUCCAAUCCUGCCUCCACCUCCUCCUGGAAACAUCUGUGGAGAUUCCGGACAGUAUGUCACACCCAGGGACUUUGCAGGCCCACCUUUCUCUCCAGUGCCAGAUGGGCCAGCAUCCUCCACGUUGGAAUACAAGAAGAAUGCCACCACAACAGACCCUGGGAAGGCAGGUGUGCCCAACUAUGUCCAUGCUGAAUGCCAACCAGCUGGCCAUGGCUUGAUUCCUCCACUUGUUCCCAAGGUUAGAGGCCCUGGAGGCCCUGCCUUACCAGGUGAUCCUAGGGGACAGAUCCCACCAACUCCUCCACCAAGAAACACCUGUGCAGAUCCUCAACAGUAUGCCCCAAUAAGGGAUUUUGAAGGCCUGCAGUUUCCUCCAAUGCCAU